AUGGAGGGGCUUUCGCCAAAGGUGUUGCAGGCACAGCAGGCCAAAGAGUUGUACCUCGUGCUGGAGAAUGUUUUUGAGGAAAUGAAAGUCGAUUGGACCUCCGUUCGUGAGGACGAGGUCUGUAUGAACUUCAGACUUUGCCUACACCUCUUGGCAAAGUACGGCCUCGCCAUCCCUUACCCGAAGACUUUCGAGGACUGGGCGAACACUGAAGGAGGCUGGCAAGGCUACGAAGACACAGGAGACUUCCCAGCCUAUGACCUCGCAUGCAAAGGAGUCUUCCCAGCCUGGGACAUCGGAUGCAAAGGAGUCUUUCCAGCCGGGGACAUCGCAUGCAAAGGAGUCUUCCCAAGAGGCGACGCCGGAUGCCAAGGCCGGGUGCCGAAGUUAUCGCCGGAGUUAUCCGGAGACAGCAGGCCAUUGCUGCCAGAGGGGGCAGUGCUUCCGCCGGGCAUUGCAGAGCAGCUCCAGGGUCUCCCCGCCGAGGAUGCCGAAAGCCUUCUGCAGGCACAGGCGGCUUUGAAAGCCGAGAUCAGGGCCGACAACAAGAAACGGGUUGCAGCAAAGAGUAGGGACCAAGCAGAUCCGAAGAUGGAGGCACCCGAGGAGCCCGAAGCGAAGCCUCUGGAUCCGAUGGAAAAGAAGCCCAAGCUCUCCAAGGACCACACCGUGGAGGACAUGUUGGACAUGUUGGAGCCCGCUUUUGCAAUCGGGCUGCAGAAGCCGAGCGAUCUGCAGAAGCAGAAGAAGUGCCUUGCAAGGGUUUCUGUCCCUACUUAUUAG